AUGAAUAGACUUUUUGGAACAAGGAGCAAUGCUCCUAAGGCAUCACUUAAUGACGCGAUGAAGAAUAUCGAUGAAAGAGUGUCUAGCUUGGACGUUAAGAUAUCUAAGCUUAACACAGAACUUACAACAUAUCAGCGGAAAUUGUCACAAAUGAGAGAUGGUCCCGGAAAGAAUUCUAUAAAGAAUAGAGCACUCAAAGUUCUUAGACAGCGAAAGCAACUUGAGGCACAAAAAGACCAGCUUAUGUCACAAUCAUGGAAUAUUUCCCAGGCGCAAAUGACGACAGACAAUUUAAAGAACACCAUGAUAACAGUAGAUGCAAUGAAACGUACAAACAAAGAGCUUAGGCGGACGUAUGGAAAAAUAGAUGUGGAUAAAUUGGAGGAUAUGCAAGAUGAAAUGCUUGAUUUAAUAGACCAGUCAAAUGAGAUUCAGGAUGCUUUAGGCAGGUCUUACGAUGUUCCAGACGAUAUUUCCGAAGGCGAAUUGGAUGCCGAAUUGGAUGCUCUAGGGGAAGAUGCUGAGGCAAAUGAAGAAGCCGCAGGUGAGUCACUCCCAAGCUAUUUAACUGAUUCUGCUCUUGCAAAUGAGUCUGAGGAGCCUCCAAAGUUUGUUGAUGAGCCAGAAACUGAUGAGCAGGAAAAGAAAGAAAUGGUUGCACAGUAA